CUCUCUGUCGCUUAGAAGAUUAGGGAUUUUUUUCCCUCCUCUUCAGACAGUAGAAGUUUCUGUCCCUUCUGCGAAGGAGAUUUGUUUCUUUCAUCUUGUUUGUUUGUUCUGGGUUUGUUGUUCUUCUCGAGCAUCCAAGGGUGUAUCUCGGGACUAGUGGGUAUUCUAUUUGGUGGGUCUUUGGGAAACACCUUUCUUUCCUUUCUUUCCUUCACAACUCUGUUCUCAUUUCUUUAAUCAGUCUUCUUCUCUAUCUGCUCUCUCCAUGGAAGAUUUAUCUAGAGAUUGGAGCAAGUUUUCGCUCUCAGAGAGGGAAAAUACAGACUUUGCUCUUCCACGAACCCAGAAGGCCAGAACGUUCGUUGUUGCAGCAAAGUUUCUUACUUCUCGAUUCCUAGUUUUGGAGGCGGUGGUACGCACCUUCAAGCAGAUAUGGAGGUCGCAAAAUGGCUUCAAGAUUCGCCACAUUGGCAAUCAUAUAGUUCUAUUUGUCUUCGAUAAUAUCCAAGAUGUGGAAAGGAUCCUUCAAAAUCAGCCUUGGACUUUUGACAAACACCUUGUGGUCCUGAAACGAUAUGAGGAAGGCUCACAGGGGGAGGGUAAUUACUCUAGAAAAUGGUGAAAAAGCUUGGGUUCGUUUUCAGUACGAGAGGCUUCCAAACUUUUGCUACUGGUGUGGUCGCCUAGACCACGGUGACAAACAAUGCAAUUUGUGGAUUCGAAGUAAGGGGUCUCUGUCAACUGAUAAACAACAAUUUGGUGUGUUUCUAAAAGCUGCUCCUUACCAGAGAGGAAGUAAGAACGUUUUUUAUGUGCCGGGAUGGUUUGAAAAAGAGACCACAGGAGAGGAAAAAGGGGAAGCAGUGGUUCCAGGUCCAGUGGAGGACGAAUUAGGAGGUAAAGUCAUAAAUUCCAAUUCUUUUUUAAAUUCAGAGUCUACCACUAUCUUAGGGAAUGAUGAGAGCUUAAGGGAAGUGAGUGUUGGGGAAGUCUUAUCUCCAGUUCAACCCCCCUCAAAAUUAUCGAAAUUGAUUCCUAUUGAAUCUUCUUUCCUGUCAAAACUGUCUGAAAUUGAUGAGGAUAUUAGAAAAUUUGAUUCGGAGACUAGUGGGAAGGGGGGUACUCCCUUAUCUGAGGCAAUUCUCCCUACUGACUAUAAUUGUCCCAAAAGCCUUAAGGAAGCCCAAAAUUCGGAUUUUCCUUCUGAACAUGAUAUGAUAAUGAAUAAGGAGAAUCUUGUCCCCCAGGUUUUAUGUGAUAUCACUAAUACCAAAUCUUCCCCUGCACCUAUCCAGGGGAAAUGGACACGGCUUAUGAGGUCAGUAGGUACUAACUCUUCUCAGCCUGAGGAGGUGCUUAUCUGUGGAAUUGGGAAGCGAAACCAGGAUGAUAGUAGAAUUCUCUCGGAGUUACCAGGCAAGAGGCGUCAGGUUUCCAAGGGAGAUGUUUCUCAGGCAAAGAUAUUGGCGGAAGCUGGUCACCAGCUUCGCCAGAUGCAAUGAAUCUCCUAGUUUGGAACUGUCGUGGGCUUGGGAACCUGCGUACAGAGAAAGAGCUUGUAAGUAUCUUACGGGCAAAAGAUCCCUCUGUCGUGUUUAUAGCCGAGACAUGGGCAGAUGAAGCAAGGCUAGAUCGUACACUUAGUAAUAUUAAUUUUGAUCAGAAGUGGGUCGUACCAAGAACUACUAGAGGGGGUGGUUUGGUUCUGUUUUGGAAAAAUUCUGUGAACUUGACUGUAGUAGGUUCCCACAAGUAUUACAUUGAUGCUAUUAUAAAUAAAAAUGGUAAUGAUGAGUGGAGGUUCACAGGCUUUUAUGGUGAACCAGAUUCCUCGAGAAGGAAUGAAGCUUGGGCAAAGCUUAGAAGUCUGAACAGUAGUCAAAAUAUUCCUUGGUUGUGUGCUGGCGACUACAACGAAAUAAUCAGACAAGAAGAAAAGGUUGGUGGAGCUUUAAGAAGCUUCCAUCAGAUGCAACGUUUCAGAGACGUGAUUGAUGAGUGUGGCCUUAUGGAUAUGGGUUUUGUGGGUCCAUCGUACACGUGGAGUAAACAUUUUGAUUCUGGCCAGUCUAUUUGGGAGCGAUUAGACCGGGGUUUGGCUACGAACAGUUGGUUUUUAUUAUUCCCAGGUACAAAAAUUCACCACCUUCAUUGUUACUCUUCGGAUCAUUUACCCUUAUUUAUUAACCUAUCUGGUUUGGAGCUCCCUGUAAAAAGGAAAGUUUUUCGAUUCGAAGAAAUGUGGCUGUCAGAUGAGAGAUGUGGGGAAACUGUUGAAGCUGCCUGGACAAGUACUGAAGGUUCGGAUCCUAGUAGUGCAAUUCUAAAGAAGGUAGCUAAGUGUGAACAGGACUUAACUUGGUGGAAUAGUAAUUGCUUUGGAAAUGUUAGAAGGACUUUGGUAGACAAGAAUAAAUUGCUGGCUGCUGCAGAAUUGGAAGCGAUGAGAACUGGAAACAAUUCUACUGUUCGCCUAUUAAAAGCCGAGGUUAAUGUAUUGAUCGAUAGAGAAUCUAGAUUGUGGAGCCAAAGAUCUAGAGUUUUGUGGUUGAGUAAAGGAGAUAGCAAUACAAAA